AGAGUCUAUAGAGAGACGUUUCGACCGUGAGCAAUGGAGAUUCAUCACCAACUCUGUUUCCUGCGUUACAUUUUUAUUAGUCUUUAUGAUUAGCCUGGUUUUCUUACAAAUUCUAGUUUCCAUUUGAAUCCGAUAAACAAGAAUUGCUAUUUUUAAGUCCAUUAAUGGAGCUUCCCAAUUCUACCCAAAAAAAUGAUACCCAACCCCAAUCCACAAGACAAAUCUUCAUCCUAUCAGGCCAAAGCAACAUGGCGGGCCGCGGCGGAGUCGACAAACAGAAAAAAUGGGACGGUGUUGUUCCGCCGGAGUGCUCUCCUGACCCUUCCAAAAUUCACCGCCUCAACGCUAACCUCCAGUGGGAGCCAGCAGCUGAACCCCUCCACUACGACAUCGAUUGCAAGAAAACGUGCGGAGUGGGGCCCGGGAUGUCGUUCGCAAACGCGGUGAAGGAGCGCCUGGGAAUCAUCGGCCUGGUGCCGUGUGCUGUAGGUGGGACCGCGAUCAAGGAGUGGGAGCGUGGAGCCCUACUGUACGAGAACAUGGUGAAGAGGGCUGCAGCCGCAGUGCAGGGUGGCUCCGGUGAAAUUAGGGCAAUGUUGUGGUAUCAGGGGGAGAGUGAUGCAUUAAAUCAGCAUGAUGCGGACAGUUAUAAGGAGAAUAUGGAGGCACUUAUUCAUAACGUGCGUGCUGAUCUGAAUUUGCCUUCUCUUCCGGUGAUUCAGGUUGCAAUUGGACUAGUAAAAGGCGAAUUCGUGGAGAAAAUUAGAGAAAUUCAGAAGGGGAUUGACCUCCCUAAUGUUGUAUGUGUGGAUGCUAUUGGAUUGAAGCUCAAGGAAGAUAACCUUCACCUGACUACAGAGGCCCAGGCUCAACUCGGCCGCAUGCUGGCUGAUGCGUAUCUUGCCCAUUUCUGGCCAUAGCCUUCUUCAUCCGCUCAUGCUUGAUCAAUAUUUCUUACUCUCUUUCGUUUUCUAUUUUGUUUCCAUUAUCGGGGUGUGAAUUAACGAUUUUUUUUUUUUUUAAUCAUUAUUCGGUUUGUUAUGUUCAUUGAGCUGGGAUGUAUAAUGAAAAUUUCAUAACUAUGGUGGUUUAAGAACUCAAUAUCAAAAUUAA